AUGGGCGACAUUGAGAAGAGCGGCACCCAAGCCGCCGACUACAAAGAACAAGUCUCCAUCCUCCGCCAACAACAAGAAGAAGGCUCUUUCACUCCCCCCACCCCCUCGGAAGAACAAAAAGUCAUCCGCAAACUCGACCGCCGCCUCCUACCCCUCGUCUUCGUCCUCUACAGCCUCGCCGUGCUCGACCGCAGCAACCUGGGCAACGCCCGCCUCGCCGGCAUGCAAAAGGACAUCGACAUCGCCGGCGAGCGCUACAACCUCCUCGGCACCAUCUUCUACAUCGCCUACAUCCUCAGCCAGUGGACGCUGAUCGGCUGGAAGCAGUUCCCGCCGCACAUCUUCUGCGCCUUCACGGUGGUCUUCUGGGGCUUCGUCGCGAGCAUCCAGGCGGCGGCGUUCAGCUGGGGUGGACUGAUGGCGUGUAGGUUCUUUUUGGGGGUCGCGGAGGCGAUGUUUGGGCCGGGGGUGCCGUUGUACCUGACGUACUUCUAUCCGAGGGAACUGGUUGGGUUCAGGCAUGGGGUGUUCAUCAGUGGGGCGGCGAUUGCGAAUGCGUAUGGUGGUGCGUUGGCGUAUGGGAUUAGCCAGAUUAAGGGCUCGUUGGCGCCGUGGAGGAUUUUGUUUUUGAUUGAGGGGCUUCCGACGCUGCUGGUGGCUGUUUUUGCGUGGUUCUUCCUUCCGGAUAGUAUCAGCAAGGCUCGGUUCCUGAACGAUCGGGAGAAGCAGGUCGCGCUGCACUUUGUUGCGAGACACCAACGUCUGGACAUCGGGAAAGAAUCUGGAGUCCGGUUUAAGGAGGUCUGGGAAGCGUUCAAAGAUCCCAAGUCUCUUCUUCCGGGCUUGAUGUACUUUGGCUGCAACGUCUCCUUCGCCUCCCUCCCCCUCUUCGUGCCGACAAUCAUCUCAGAAAUGGGCAGCUUCAGCCAAAUCCAGUCCAAUGGCCUCUCCGCACCCCCCUACGUGCUUUGUUUCAUCGUCGUCAUCGUCCUCUGCUGGCUAUCCGACUACUUCAAAGUCCGAGGACCUUUCGUCGCUUUCGCAGCUCUAGUAUCAGCGGUGGGCUUCAUCAUUAAUGCAACGACGGACACGACAGCGCCAAGAUACGCUUCAGUGUUUCUAUCGGUGUGGAUCUUUACGUCGGUGGCGUUGUUGUUGGCUUGGACGGCGAACAUGCAUGCGACGGAGAGUAGACGUGGUGGUGGGUAUACGAUUUUGGCGACGAUUGGGCAGUGUGGUCCUUUACUAGGCACGAACGUCUUUCCCAGUAGCGAGAAGCCAUACUACCGGAAGGGGAUGUGGAUCUCGGCAGCGAUGUGUUUGAUGGUUGCUGUGCUGGCGGGAGUGCUAUCACUUUGGAUCAUCUGGGAGAAUAGGAAACUGGACCGAGAAAAUGUGGUUGAAGAGGAGUUUGACACUGAUGUCGGGGAGGAGCAGGGGCAACGCGAAACCAGGCAUAGACUGGUAUGGUAA